CCACUUUAAUUCCCCAUUCCUGAAUUUUGUUUUAGUCUGAUAUUGAGAUCAAAAUGGUAGUUGAGGCUACUCUGUCAGAUGCUGAGCUUGCGAGACAGAAGCAGAUCGACGAUUGGCUUCCCAUCACUUCUGCUAGGAAUGCCAAAUGGUGGUACUCGGCUUUCCACAAUGUCACUGCCAUGGUUGGGGCUGGUGUCCUUAGUCUUCCUUUUGCCCUUGCAGAGCUUGGCUGGGGUCCUGGUAUCGUUAUCCUUAUUAUGUCAUGGAUCAUCACCCUAUACACACUAUGGCAAAUGGUUGAGAUGCAUGAAAUGGUGCCUGGCAAGCGGUUCGAUAGGUAUCACGAGCUGGGUCAACAUGCCUUUGGGCCGAAGCUAGGGCUCUGGAUUGUGGUGCCCCAACAGGUAGUUGUUGAGGUUGGUGUUUGCAUAGUCUAUAUGGUGACAGGAGGAAAAUCAUUGAAGAAAGUCCAUGAUGUGCUUUGUCCUAGCUGCCAAGAUAUCAAGACCACAUACUGGAUUAUGAUUUUCGCUUCUUCUCACUUUGUGCUCUCCCAUCUCCCCAACUUCAACUCCAUGUCUGGUAUCUCACUUGCCGCAGCAAUCAUGUCCUUAAGUUACUCAACUAUUGCAUGGACAACUUCAUUACACAAGGGGGUCAUACCAGAUGUGGACUACAGCUACAGAGCCAAAAGUACCCCUGGAAUUGUGUUUAACUUCUUUGGUGGGUUGGGUGAUGUAGCAUUUGCCUAUGCUGGUCACAAUGUGGUUCUGGAGAUCCAAGCAACCAUUCCUUCAACGCCGGAUAAGCCUUCCAAGGGUCCCAUGUGGAAAGGAGUGGUUGUGGCAUACAUAGUUGUGGCUCUAUGCUACUUCCCUGUUGCUAUUGUUGGGUUUUAUAUCUUCGGAAACAGGGUUGAAGACAACCUCCUCAUCUCGCUGGAGAAACCAGCUUGGCUAAUUGCAGCUGCUAACCUGUUUGUCGUGGUUCAUGUCAUUGGAAGCUAUCAGGUAUUUGCAAUGGGGGUGUUUGACAUGCUUGAAACCUUUUUGGUCAUGAAAAUGAACUUCAAACCCAGUUUUGUCCUCCGCUUUGUUACUCGAACUACAUAUGUUGCAAUUACUAUGUUUAUUGGCAUUGCAAUCCCUUUCUUCGGUGGCCUUCUCGGAUUCUUUGGGGGAUUUGCUUUCGCCCCAACAACAUAUUUCCUUCCCUGCAUCAUGUGGCUUGCCCUCUACAAACCGAAACCAUUCAGUCUAUCUUGGUGUGCAAACUGGUUUUGUAUCAUUCUUGGCGUUGCUCUGAUGAUUCUAGCUCCCAUCGGUGCACUAAGGAACAUCAUCCUCCAAGCGAAAACCUACAAGUUCUUCUCUUAAUCUACUACAGCCUGCAAAAAGCAAUGUUGACACCUACGAUAUUGAAGCUACAAAAAUUGAUGAUUAGAACCAUCAUAUAUAAACAACCUUGUCAAUAUCUCUUUGUUCAUGGUUUGGCUGAGUUUUCAAGUUUGAUAUAUUUUGGAACCUUCAAGGCUUGACAAGGCAAUCUCCUAUUGUGAUUAGGGAAAUAAUUAUGGCUGAUGACAUUGCUUUCAUCAUUAUAUGCUAGUAGGUGUAUUUGAAGAUGAGAAUAAGAAAUUUAGUGCUCUAGUUUUGUAAAUGGGCACUAAAAACAUCGCCAUCUUAUGUUCCUGAAUUUAUCUUUUUAAUUGAAUCAGAAGCCAUCAUUUCCCAUGUAGGCUCGUUUAUUUGUAACUGUAAGGAUUCCAAAUCAUGUCGAUUCCAACUUCAUGGUUAAAUAGGGGGUGUAUUCAUUU